AUGCCAUCUGCAUUUGAUCUAAUUGAUUCUGGCGGAUCGACAGGACCAACAACUUCAUCAUCAUCGGUUGACGCAGACAAAUAUGGUUCAUCUCCAACUUCAUCGUCAUCAUCAUCUGCCGGUAUUCCAACAUUUAGUUCGAAUAAUCAACGUCUUUCUCAUCCUUAUGAAAAUCCACCAUACUUUCCACCACCAUUUAAUCCGGCGUUUACACAAUUUGAUGUUCAAAUGGCAGCCGUGGCUGCAGCAUCAGUUGGUAAUGAUCCUUAUUCAUCACCAUUUAGUGGUCACAAUGGUUAUCCGUCGAAUACUUAUGCUCAACAAACUCAUCAUUACCAUCAUGCUCAUCAUGCCCACCAUCCACGCACAGCAUCCUCAUCUUCAUCGUCACUUGAUCCAUUAUCAAUGACAACAUCAUUCAAUCCGUAUGACACACGUUCUUAUGAUCCCUAUAAUCAAUAUUCGUACAGUCGUCAUUCGAUGCUUGAUGCACACGAAUUAUAUAGCAGAAAUAAUACAGUGGUCGGCGAUAAUGGAACUUCAAGUUUAAGAAUAUUGAAUGGUGAUGGCAAUAUUAAUGUGCCGGAACAGUAUAGAUCUUCAACAAGUCGUGAUGGAAGACGAUCAGACACACCAAGAGAAAGUGGUUCAUUUACAUCGCCAUCGAUGUCUUGUGGUGGUCAAGCAUCACCAACAGAUUUAUUUUGUAGUGUACCAGGACGAUUAGCAUUAUUAAGUUCAACUUCAAAAUACAAAGUAACUGUUGGAGAAGUGCAACGACGAUUAGCACCGCCUGAAUGUCUAAAUGCAUCGCUACUUGGUGGUGUAUUACGGAGAGCAAAAUCAAAAAAUGGUGGACGAUUAUUACGUGAAAAAUUGGAAAAGAUUGGCGUUAAUCUACCUGCUGGACGAAGGAAAGCGGCACAAACAACAUUGCUCACAUCAUUAGUAGAAGGUGAAGCUCAUCAAUUGGCAGUCGAUUUUCGAAAUGUGUGUGAAGCCGAUUUUCCUUCAAAAGUCGCUGGAGAAUAUGUUGCUCGACAUCAUAUUGAUCCAAACGAGAUUGGAGCAAGACGAAAUAUGAUUUUAGCUGCAAAACAAAUGACAAAAGAAUUUGUCGAUAUACUCAAACAAGAUCGUUCACCAGUUAAUAUUUCACCCGCACAAUCACAAUUACGACACUCUAAUUCUAUGUUAGAAUCAUCUGUUCAACGUGCAUUGACAACAUUUUCAUUAAUUACGCAUGGUUUUGGAGCGCCAGCAUUAACAGCAUCAUUAGAUGCAUUUCAAAAUUAUUUAACUGAUCAACUUAAAUACUAUGAUAAAAAUUUUCCCAUGUUACUUAAUAAUAAUUCACCCGAUUUAUUAGCAACAACAACAUCCUCAUCCUCAUCAACACCAUCAAAAUUAGAUAUCAAAGAAGAUUUGUGA